UAACACGAUAUACUGUUUACAUUCAGCCAAUCAAAUGCUGGCUUUCAUAGCGAUAGUAUUCUGUUUACUUCCUGUCGAAGUGAAAGAUUGAAAUGACCGUGUUAUCAACCAGACAUGCCGUUAACAUCCAGUCGUCAGUAAUAAGACUAAAUAUAGUACCGGUAGGCCUAUCAAUGAAAUAAUGACGCUUAAAAUAGGGUUGUUCACAAAACGUGGUAUUUUGAGAUACUGUAAGUCACGCAGAUGUAGAGGGUAAAAACACAAAAUUUUGGAAUGUCUGCUUAUUAUUACGCAACUCGAAAUUGACCCACUGUGACCUGCUUGUGACAAGUUGUGUCUAUGACUCAAAUACCUUUUUUUGCAUAAUCACAUUGAGAGGCUUCUCUGUGCAAAAAUUCAGAACUGUAGUAAGGUUGUAACUUCCACAAAAAUAAAAUGCUUUUAAAAAUGUUGAUCAUUAUUUUUAUUGCGUUAUAUAUUUUAAAGAUUGGACGAACAGCUUUUUCUAUCAUAUCUCAAAAACUUAUUCCGACAUUUGUUGAGACUUUUUUAACACCUUUCAGAACUAUGACAUGGGAUUUUGCUGUAGUUUUGUUUGUAAUAGGAGUACUAUCUGGAUUUAGAAGUGAACCUGUGAUAAAAUUUGUUGCUGGAUUGUAGAUUGUAGUGCAUUUCUUUCAUUUCAGCUAAAACACCCAAUUCUAUACUGAAUCAUCUAAGGGAGCAAUGUGUUUUUCUUAGUGAUAACCAACUACAGCUUUUGGUUGAGAAACUAAAUGCCAUAGGAGUAGAACAGGAACAUGAUUUAAAAUACCUUGAAAUUAAUGAUCUAAUUGAUAUCAAUAUUAUGUCACUUAUUCAAGCCCGCAAGGUCCUGAAAAUAAUUAAACAGUCAACAGAAGCAGAGGUUCCUGUAUGCGAGGGUGGCUCUUUUACACUUUUACAACCUCCUAACAGUCCAAACAGUAGCAUCAGCUUUACUGCUAGUUCAAUAGCCGCUAGUUCAAUAGCAUCCAUGGGCGUAUCUGAUUCAAGUACAGAUGAAAGUCCAGGUCCUUCAGAGUGCCGAAGUAGGCCUACAUGUCAAACUGCAUGGGCUACAUCUUAUUUAAUACCCUGGGAAAAAUUUCCGAAGUCAUUUUUAACAUCUUGUAAAAAUAAUCGGUCACCGUCACAGUCAGACAGAAGAGAGGUAGUUCGUAUUCUUGUUGAUGACAUAACAGGUGUAUGCAGCAGACCAACUUCAAGAGAUAUUUACAUAGUAUCAUCGAAACUUGUUGACACUUAUAAAACUUCACUAAUGGACAGAUUUGGUGACACAAGAAUCGGAAGUGGCUAUUCAAGUUUUAUCAAUAGAAUUCAAGACAGGUUAAACAAUUUGAACAGAAAAAGGUUGUCUUCAGGCUCUGGAUGUAGUAAGUCUCCCGCCACAAAAAGGGGCUAUGGAUGGUUAACCGAGGCCAUUUUUGAAGAAAUCCCAAGAGAAGAAUAUUUGGAUUCAAAAGAGUUUCUCAAAAGACAAGCUCGAUUCACAGAUGUAGAUUUUUCACUUAUUACUGAAGUAAUGAACAAAACUUAUCCCCUCCAAAGGGAGGAGAUUUCAAGGGGUGAUAUGUCAAUUGCUGAAAUAGAAAAAAACUGGCCAUUUCUUUUUACGAAAACCUGUGCACUAAAACACUUCGAAAAACUCACAGGUGUGAAUCUACCGCGUGAAUUUUUUGUUCAUUCCUCAUCAAAAAUUAAAACAUUGUUGAAGUAUAUGGAAAAGCUAGAAGGGUCAAGGAAAGAAAUAAAAAAAAUAUUUGAAGAAGUAGAAGAAUUUAAAAAAAUUACAGAGACCAAUUAUCCAGACACACAAUGUUUUGUUAAACUUAUAUUUUCUUAUUUCAAAGAAGAUGGAUUUCUCGAGUAUUAUCCUCAAAUGUGUGAUCAGAAAAAUAUUGAAGAUAAAGCAAGAACAGAAGGGGCACCAGUUAUAGCUGUGGUUGGCAACCUAUACACAAGCACAUUAUUCCAUGUAAUAGUUGAAAGUAAGUCUAUUCAAGUCUUAGAAAAGCUGGAUGAUGCUCUUUUGUUGAUGUUCGCUGUUUAUUACAUAUUAGAUCUGAAGUAUUUAAAGGCUGCGUCUUCCUCAUUAGAAUUUUUGCAACGGGUAUGUUUUGGGAUAAACCCGACAAGAGGAUCUAAAGGUGGAAAAAGAAAGAACACGCGUAACUCUGUUAAUGCUCAAGUGUUACAGUUAAUAUCAGAGCUGCGGGGUUUUGAAUUAGAUCAACUGGACUCUUAAAACUACUGUUGAAUUUGAGAACAUUAGGGUAUGUUUUGGUAUAAACUUGACAACAGGAUCAAAAGGUGGAAAAGAAAGAACACAAGAAACUGUCAAUGCUCAAGUAUAACAGCUAAUAUCCAAGCUGCGACGGUUUGAAUUAGAUACUUAAACUAUUGUUGAAUUUGAGAACAUUUAAUAAUUUUCUGCAUUUUCUGACAUCAAAUAUGAAAUUAAUCUCAUUUGUUUUUAUGAAGUUGGUGGAUAGUAUUAGCCAUUAUUUAAGUCAGUAACAUCCAAGAAUUUUGGAACAUCCAAUAAGAAAUGAAUCUCAUUUGUCAAUUUUGCAUGAAGGAAGUUGAUAGUAUAAGCCAUUAUUUGAGUCAUUAUCGGCUACAUAGAAAUAUUAAGAAUUUAAUAUAUCCCUGUUGCUAUCCAAAUUGCAAUGGUAAAUUUGUUCGGUUCACUUCUCUUAAGAGUCACAUUUCUCGUAAUCAUACUAAUAAAGAUUAUAAAGAUAAAGUCAUUGUUAGUGAAUAUGUUUGUAAUAUACCUGAAUGUCAAAAGAAUUUAAAAGGUAGGAAAGAACUUAUUAGUCAUAUGAAAAGUCACAUUAGUGAUUAUCAAUCAAUCAACUGUCCAGUUCAUGGAUGUACUGGUACUUUUAAAGUUAAAUCCUCUUUUACUUCACAUAUGUCACGGAAACAUCGUUGUUUACAAAAUAAUGAUAUUGAAAUUAGUUUUAAACCCAACCCAAUUAAUGAAAUCUCAGUAGAUGAUGACAAUAAUUCAGUUCUGGACAACAAUGGGUUUGAUGAGGAUAAUGAGGAAUUUGAUGUUAAUGCACUAACUACAACUGAGGAUUUUAAGCAUGUAUUAGGUUUAGCUUUGUUAAAAUUUGAAACAGUGCAUUUAAUUCCUAUAAGUACAAUAAAUGACAUAAUUUCAAAUAUUUCUUAUCUUCAUUCUCUUUCCCUUUCUAAUUUGAAAUUGCAUUUAAAAGAUAAAAUGAAUGGGCUUGAUGGAUCUAACACAGACAUUGAAAAUAUACUCCAGUCUGAAUUCAAUAAGGACUUCUUAACAAAAUUUUUUUCUAAUUCAGAAGAACACAGAUUUACAUCAAAUUUUAAAAGACAAGCAUUCUAUAAGGAGACUUUUGGGUUAGUUGAGCCAAUUUCAAUUGAGCUUGGCUUAAAUGGCAGCAAUAAGAAAUGUCAGUAUCAUUACGUACCUCUGAAACAAACCCUUGAUUCCUUAUUAAGCAAUAACAGUGUGAAACAUCAGCUUGAACACCCACAAAAUUUAUGUUUCGACAAUAUUUUUACUGAUAUAAUUGACGGUGAAUCCUUUAAAAGAAAUCCUUAUUUUUCAGAAAACCCAUCGGCAUUAAAGCUAGUGAUGUAUCAGGAUGCCUUCGAAAUAGUCAAUCCGCUGGGAUCUGCCAAAAAAACUUUCAAAUUGGUGGGAUUUUAUUUUACAUUGGCUGACUUUUAUCCUCAGUUUCGAAGCAAAAUAGAAAACAUGCAAUUAGCCCUUAUAUGUAAAGAAUCUGACUUAGAAUAUUUUGGAAACAAAGUGUUAGAUCCACUAAUUCGAGAUAUUAAGGACCUUUCUACUGGUGUUUAUUUAAGCAAUAAUAUAUUUGUAAAAGCUAAUUUACUUUGUUUAGUCGGGGACAACCUUGGUAGUCAUUGGAUUGGAGGAUUUGUAACAAAUUUUGGAAAUGCUAAAUAUUUUUGUAGGUUUUGUUGUGUAAAUAGAGAUUUGUGGGUUAACAAUCAUUAUGUAUAUGCACCCCUAAGGAACAGGCAAUCAUAUACCCAGUCAAUCCAUAAUAUAGAAAAUAAUGAUCUUCUACACGACAUGGGCAUAAAGUCAGAAUGUUUAUUUCAUAAUUUGCUUGGAUUUCAUGUUUGUAAUCCUGGUCUCCCACCCUGCAUAGGACAUGAUCUGUUUGAAGGUGUGGUCAAAUAUGAUCUGACAUUAUUUCUUAAGGAAAUAAUUAAAAAAAUGAAAUGGUUCAAUGUUGAAACCAUAAAUCAACAAAUAAAGCACAUGUCACUCCAUGGCAGUGAAUCUAGUAACAGACCAGCACUAUUAAAAACUGAUCUGACAUGUCUUAAAGGACAUGCUGUCCAAAAUUGGACAUUUUUGAGACUUCUUCCAGUAUUUAUAGGUGAGAAAGUUAUUGACCCUGAAAAUCCACUUUGGAGAAUAAUUCUUUUGUUGAGGGAAUUAACUGAGUAUAUUUGCUCUUAUAAGAUAUCUAUAAACCAAAUAGGUGUUCUUCAAUCGUUAAUUAAUGAUUACAUUGAUAUGCGAACAAAUUUGUUUCCCGAUAUUCAGUUAAGGCCUAAGCAUCAUUACUUACAACAUUAUCCAUGGUUGAUAACACAGUAUGGUCCAUUAAUGCAUGUCUGGACUAUGAGAUUUGAAAGCAAGCAUACUUUUUUCAAACGUUGUGUCCGGAACUUUAAGAAUUUUAUCAAUGUUACGAAAACAUUAGCUAUGAAACAUCAAUUGUUACAAGCAUAUUGUAAUGCAGGAAAUUUAUUUAAUUUAUCAGCAAGUUUUGAAAAUGUAACGGAUGUUGAAAUAUCUAUGUUUGAUAUUGAAGUACAGUGUAUUAUUAAUGAUACAUUGAGGGAAUCAUCUCACAUUCAAAUUGCUAGUAGUUUCACAUCAAAUGGCAUUAUCGUCAAAAAUGGUUUAAUUUUUGUCCUAAAGAUACUUAAUGGUAUCAUAACAUUUGGACAAGUAGAUCUUUGUGUUAUUUUCAAAGGAGACCCUUACAUAAUUUGCAAACAAUAUAUCUGUCAAAGAUCUGAUUUGGGUCUAUAUAACAUUGAUUUUACACAUAGGAGAAAUUUGUGUAUAUUAAAAUUUAAAGAUGUAUUAAAUCCUUUUCCUCUUUCACUGUACAAGAUAAAAUAUGAUCAUGUUGUAGCAUUAAAGCACUAUCCAUUUGAUCCUAUGAUUUGUGGUUAAAGCCAGUACAUGUCAGAUAUUCUUAAAUAUUGAAUUUUCAAUGUAAAUAGCACAUUCAUUUUAAAUUGUGUUAGUAGGAUUUUGUUAUAUUAUGUCUACUCUGGGAUGAGUAGUUUUGUUUUUUGUUUAUACUCUUACAUUUCCCUCUGUCCCUCUGUACAACGAUUUGUUUGUAGACACUCUAAAGGUCAUAAUUUGUUUCCUAUUUUGACGAAACUUGAAAUAUAGGUCUAUAUCCCAAAGAUCUCAUUUCCUUUCGAUAUUGGCAUGUAACUUAAUGAGUUAUUCGCCUUGAUUGUACAGAAAAUCAUGCUUUUUAGCUUGUGGUCCUUCUAGAGGUCACAAUUAUUAUCUGAUUUAAAAAUACACUUAAAUAUAUAUUUAAUUGGUAUGUCAUCUAUUUAUUUGGGGAUUUCAGCUGGCGGACAUAAGCCUAACUGUAUUUUCAUAUGAGAAAGUUCUACACAGACUUUUUAUUUUCAUACUAUUAUUUUAGUGGCAAUGCCUGGCAACUGCUUUUUUUACUUUGUUGUGAAUAUUUGAUUAAAUUGAGAAAGAAUAAAUGUAGGAAGAAAAAUAAACCUUAAUGAUAAUUUC